CGUACGAGGACGCGAGCUGCCCACUCCCGCAGAUACGGCACCCACGACGUCACCAGGCAUGCGUUCCGGCUGCCUGACGGCCCCAGGCCGUUCGGCGUCGACCUGUUCGCCUUCGACAUACAGCGAGGUCGCGACCACGGACUGCGAGCCUACGCCGACUACGUCCAUCACUGCGCACCGGGCGUCCGAUUGGAGGCGUUCGAACACCUCGAGAAGUUCAUGCCCAGGGACGCGGCGGAGCUUUUCGCCAGCCUCUACGAGGACGUCAUGGAUGUUGACCUGUUCUCGGCUGGCCUGGCGGAGCGCACGCUGCCUUUGUCCAUGGUCGGACCCACGUUCGCCUGCCUGGUCGGCCCCAUGUUCAGGCGGCUCAAGUUCGGCGACAGGUUCUACUACGAACACGGCGGACAAGCCGGUAGCUUCACCCCAGGUCAGCUUAGGACAUUACGGGAAACGACUUUAGCCCAAGUAAUAUGCGCAAACAGCGACACCAUUCACGAAAUUCAACCCAGCGCACUCGUACAUCAGGGACCUGGAAAUGAACUCACAGCCUGCUCGAAGCUCACCGAUAUCGACUUGCUGCAGUGGAAGGAAAUAAAAUGAGUUGCACCGACGUUGUUUACAGAGCAUUGAGGACGCAAA